GGCUCAGUAAUAAAGAACCCUAUUGUUUCCCCGCGCCCUUUUGCAGAUGCCGACUCGCCCGCGUGGGACGAAGCGACUCCCCGAGUUGAAGGCGGCCAACGGGAACGUGGACUCCACCCGAGCCUUCGUCAGGCACGUCAAGCGCCUCGUCAUCAAGGUUGGCACUGCGGUUGUUACUCGAGCAGAUGGGCGGUUGGCACUCGGAAGACUAGGGGCUCUAUGUGAGCAGAUAAAAGAAUUGAACUUACAAGGAUACGAGGUUAUUAUGGUCUCGUCCGGUGCUGUUGGCCUCGGUCGCCAGAGGCUUAGGUACCGUAAGCUAGUAAAUAGCAGCUUCGCUGAUCUCCAGAAGCCACAGGUUGAACUUGAUGGGAAGGCUUGUGCAGCUGUCGGACAGAGUAGUCUUAUGGCCUUGUAUGAUACCUUAUUCAGCCAGUUGGAUGUUACAUCAGCUCAGCUUCUUGUGACAGAUCAUGACUUUAAGAGUAUAGACUUCAGGAUGCAACUCAAUGAGACUGUGCAAUCGUUGUUGUCUCUCACAGUUGUUCCCAUCUUUAAUGAGAAUGAUGCAGUCAGUACGAGGAAAGCUCCAUAUGAGGAUUCGUCUGGCAUAUUCUGGGAUAAUGACAGCUUGGCAGCACUGCUUGCUUUGGAGCUCAAAGCUGAUCUUCUUAUAUUACUCAGUGAUGUUGAGGGUCUUUAUAGUGGCCCGCCCAGUGAUCCGAAGUCCCGAUUAAUUCGCACAUACAUCAAGGAACGACAUCAAGGUGAAAUCACCUUUGGAGAUAAAUCUCGUGUAGGGAGAGGUGGUAUGACUGCGAAAGUUAAUGCUGCUGUUAAUGCAGCACAGGCUGGAAUCCCUGUGGUCAUUACCAGUGGGUAUGCUCCUGAAAAUAUCCUUAAGGUUCUUCAAGGAGAGGAUAUUGGUACUCUCUUUCAUGAGGAUGCACAUUUGUGGGUACAAAGCCAAGACAUCAGUGCAAGGGAAAUGGCUGUUGCAGCCAGGGAAAGUUCACGGAACCUUCAGGCCAUAUCAUCUGAGGAUAGGAGAAAAGUCCUGCUCGACAUAGCUGAUGCACUCGAAGCAAAUCAGGAACAGAUAAUGAAGGAGAACGAAGCUGAUGUUGCUGCUGCAGAAAAGGCUGGAUAUGAAAGAUCUUUGAUUGCUCGGUUGGCUCUGAAGCCUGGAAAGAUAACAAACCUUGCCAAUUCUAUACGCGUACUUGCAAAAAUGGAAGAUCCAAUUGGGCGUGUUUUGAAGAGAACAGAGCUUGCUGAUGGGCUUGUCCUAGAGAAAACAUCAUCUCCUUUGGGUGUCCUGCUUAUAGUUUUUGAGUCUCGACCUGAAGCUCUAGUUCAGAUAGCUUCAUUAGCUGUUCGAAGUGGGAAUGGGCUACUCUUGAAAGGGGGUAAAGAAGCCAAGCGAUCAAAUGCCAUUCUGCACAAGGUCAUUACCGAUGCUAUUCCAGACAGCAUUGGUGGGAGACUAAUUGGACUUGUGACUUCGAGAGAGGAGAUACCGGAUUUGCUUAAGCUUGAUGAUGUUAUUGAUCUCGUAAUACCAAGGGGGAGUAACAAGCUGGUCUCCCAAAUAAAGGAAUCAACUAAAAUACCUGUUCUUGGUCAUUCCGAUGGAAUAUGUCAUGUUUAUGUUGACAAGUCUGCGAACAUGGAAAUGGCAAACCGCAUCAUCGUUGAUGCGAAGGUAGAUUAUCCAGCAGCCUGCAACGCAAUGGAAACACUUCUCCUCCAUAAAGAUUUGGUGCCAGCUGGUGGACUUAAUGCAAUCGUGUUUGGGCUUCGGACCAAAGGUGUUACUUUAUAUGGGGGACCAAAAGUGAGCUCCAUGCUGAAUAUCCCGCAGGCACUGUCCUUGCAUCAUGAGUACAAUUCAAUGGCAUGCACCAUCGAAACUGUAGAUGAUGUUCAUCAAGCCAUUGAUCACAUUCAUCAAUAUGGAAGUGCACACACUGAUUGCAUUAUAGCAGAAGACGGCGAAGCUGUGGAAACCUUCCUACGUCAAGUUGACAGUGCUGCUGUUUUUCACAAUGCCAGCACGAGAUUCUGUGACGGAGCACGAUUUGGACUGGGUGCAGAGGUUGGGAUAAGUACAAGUAGAAUCCAUGCUCGGGGUCCAGUUGGAGUUGAAGGAUUGCUAACCACAAGAUGGAUCCUCAGAGGGAAUGGACAAGUGGUGGAUGGUGAUAAAGGGGUCACUUACACCCACAGAGACCUCCCCAUCCAGUCUUAAGCUGUUUCCGGUGGGGUGCAACUGCUGCUGCUACUGCUACUGCUACUGCUGCUUAAAAUUUAUUCACCCCCUUGUAAAGGGGCAGGCAAGUGCGGCUGACAUAUGGAUGCUGCAAUCGUUGUAAAGCGUAGUUCCGCGUUCACUUUGUUACCAAGCUAUUGAAGCUAUCGAGUAGAAAGAAUUGUUUGUUGUUGGCCUCUCUCGAUUCUGGUCUUGGUAGUUCCAGCUUUUUUAGUUUCCAUUUGUUACUGCAAGUAUUCUGAAGUCUUCGUAUGGAUUAUUUUUAGUUUCCAUAAUGUUACUGCAAGUAUUCUGGAGCCGUCGUACGGAUUUUUCUUUCUUCCUCGAGAUUUCUGGUCGCUCAUUGCGGUUGUACUUCUUCCCAUUCUUCUAUAACUGCAGCAAAGAUUGUACUUUGGUGC